CUCCAUCCUCCUGCUUCUGCUGCUGCUCAGAGCUGUGCUGGACCUGGAGAUGUGCCGUGUGAUUUUUGCACUGGGAGAAAGUUCAAAGCUGUAAACUCCUGUUUGACCUGCCUGACCUCUUACUGUGAAACUCACGUCAAGCCACACCUUGAAGUUGCUGCAUUCAAGAGGCACAAACUGAUCGAAGCAGCUGGAAAUCUGGAACAGAAGAUUUGUGACGAACACCAGAAGGUUUUGGAGGUCUUCUGCAGAACUGAUCAGACGUGUAUUUGUGUGUUGUGCAUAGACAAGGAACACAAGAGCCAUGAUACAGUCUCAGCUGAAGCUGGGAGACAGGAGAAGCUGGGAGAGACACAGACACGACUAGAGCUGAGAAUCCAGGAUAGACUGAGAGAAUUGGAGGAGCUGAAAAGAUCUUCACAGAGAGAAAUCCAGGAAAGUGAGAAGAUCUUUACUCAGCUGAUCCGAUCCAUUGAGAAGAUCCACUCUGAGGUGACGGAGCUGAUUGGAGCUCAGGAGAAGGCUACAGUGAAUCAGGCUGAAGGGAUCAUGAAGAAACUGGAGCAGGAGAUUGCUGAGCUGAGGAGGAGAAACACUGAGCUGAAACAGCUUUCAGAGACCAAGGAUCACAUCCAUUUUCUACAGGAACUGGGAUUCCUCUGCAGAGGAAACCUUUUGGACAAAUACUAAAAGAGUUUCAAAUCCAUUUGAAGUCCUGCAGUGAGGUCUGGUGUGUUGGUGUGAACUGGAGUCCUGCCGAGGCUCUGGCAACCCUUCGAAAGAACAUCAAGAUUACAUUCUUUCUGUAUUCAAACACAGGAACCUCACAGAAAAUCAUUAGAUACAGCAGGCUUCACAACAGAAGAACAUUAACCGAAGAAGCGACUCAGGAAACACAGCUGUGCCAAAGCCUCCAUCAGUAACGUUAGUGUCAGUGUCUCAGUGGGGAGGACAUUGACUGUCUCA